AUGGAAAUGGAGUUCAUGGCAGAAUUCACUCAAGGUAUGAGUCGUGAUCGAGCCCGCCAAAUCAUCAGAGGAAAGCGUACCAAACGCCAAAGGCCUUGUUCCCCUUUUGGAAUGUCAUCCAGUACCUCCGGCAACAGUAAUGCAGACGGUGACUGUUUGAUUGAUAAUUACACACCUGAGGCUGAUCACUCGCCGGUCAUGUCAUCUGAGAUGUCAACGGAGGAAGAUCAAGACAUGGCGAAUUGUUUGAUUAUGUUGGCUCAAAGUGUUUCUCCGGUCAAGGAGGAAAAAUCCGAUCAAAUUCGUCAGAAGACGGAGAAGUUGAGCAGUCGGAGGUUCACGGAGAUGACGACUACCACAGUCGGUGGAAAAACAGGUUUCUAUGUCUAUGAGUGCAAAACGUGCAACCGUACGUUUCCGUCGUUUCAAGCUUUAGGCGGACACAGAGCCAGUCACAAGAAGCCGAAGCUUAACGUUGAAGAGAAGAAAUCUGGUUCGGUUAAUAUUCCACCGCCAUUAAUGGAAUAUUCUGAAGAAGAUCAACACAAAGUCGUUGUAGAAGACGAAGAAAACAAGGCCAGUAUGAUCAUCAGUAAUAACGUUCAGAAAUCUCCUUCACCGUCAUCAGGUUUCAUUCAAACAGGAAUUAUUCAUAACAACACCAAAGGAAAAGUUCAUGAAUGUUCAAUAUGCGGAUCGGAGUUCUUAUCCGGCCAAGCUCUCGGCGGACACAUGAGAAAACACCGACCAACCCCUCCAUCGAUCAACCGAGUUGGAAUCUCGAUGCAAACCGACGACAGCACCACUGAUCACAUCAUUGAAAAGUCUCCGGGAGGUAGUAGUAGUAUGUUAUCAUUGGAUCUUAACCUUCCUCCACCGGAUGUCGUCGACGACGUCCAAUCGAAAUUUCAGUUCACAUCCAAAUCAUCACAACAACAUCUAGUCUUCUCUGCUCCAGCUUUGGUAGAUUGCCAUUACUGAAAGCAAGAAAGAAGAAACAAAAAAAGAAGGUCCACAUCAAAAUUGCCUACUCAUAUCGAGAUUAAUGUGAAAUAUUACAUUUUCAAUUGUUAUUAUUAUUCAUUGAC